UAUGACUCAAAGACCAAGAACAUCAACUCCUGCGUUGACGAAAUUGACGGUGAAGUUGGACAAUGGAGCAUUUGGAGCCAACCAGUCAAACAGUGAUGUAAUCAAAGACAUCAUGGAUCCUGAGGAAUCGGUAGAGUUUGGAGUGGAGAGCGAAUCGUCCAUUGACAACAAUCAUGCGACAGCCGAACCUGUGUAUGAUGACAGCAGUCGGAGUUCAGCUGGACGUUCGGAUGCUACCAAGAAGUAUACGGAUGACUCAAGGUACUGGACGAUAACGCCCACGACGCCGACAUCGCGGCGAGGACCAAGCGCGUACUCGCAGGUCAAGGUCUUACCUACGACGAUCACGGAAUCAACAACACACAAGAUGACGACAACGACAAAGAAACCCACCACUGUUCCUUCAACUACCAAAGCUACAACAACGAUGACAACCACUCCCGCGACGACAACAACACCAGCUUCCACCACAACCACUUCAGUGCCGACAACAAGAACUAUACCAACAACCACCCCAUUGUCGACGACAUCGACUGUCUCUAUGAAGUCGACGUCGGAGAUGAAUGAUAUCCUUGGUGAUGCGGACGUUGAUAAUAACAGUGAAAGACCACUAAAUGACGGUCUGAUCCCUGCUCCCCCUGGUGAUGCCCUUUCACCUGUUGCUCCUGCUAUUGCUCAGCGUCCAUCUAUCUACCAUGGUAGACCAAUUGAUGAAAAUGCGAACUGGUCGACAUGGAGCACAUGUAGUCGGACCUGUGGUUCUGGGACCCGGUACCGGUACACAGUAUGCAGCCCGGAUUCGAAGCUGCCCGACUGCAGGACUGGACGCGGUAUUGCAGCGCAACAUAAAUCAUGUCAACUCAACAAUGAUUGCAAAGGUGUACUUAGGUGGAGCGAUUGGGGUGCCUGCACCCAGACUUGUGGUUCAGGAUUCGAGACUCGAGUGGCCAUCUGCAGAGACAUCGAUUCGCAUGAGAACUGUACUAAGGUCGGCCAGUUGAUGAUCGAGCGAAGGGGAUGUGAGGGACUCUCUGAAUGUCCAAAUUACUGUAUUGGUGGAUGUCUGAAUGGAGGAACGUGUAUGCCAGGAGGUGUGUGUCAAUGUCUUGCUGGAUAUGAGGGACGAGUGUGUGAGACAGAGCUUUGUCAGCAUUCAUGUAAGAACGGUGGGAGGUGUGUGGGAAAGAACAAGUGUCUCUGCCCAUACGGUCAUUUACCACCGUUUUGUGAGCCUCUUUGCAACCCUCCAUGUCAAAACAAUGGACGAUGCAUCCACCCUGGAAGGUGUGUCUGCCCUAAGGGAUAUACUGGUCCUUCUUGCAGUAAACCGAUUUGUCGGUCUGGUUGUUCGAAUGGCGGCAUUUGUGUGGCACCCGACCGAUGUCACUGUCCCACCGGAUACUCUGGACCAGACUGUAGUAAACCUCAAUGUAGUCCUCCGUGUGAGAAUGGCGGUGUUUGUAUACGAGCAGGGUUCUGUCGAUGCCCAGCAGGCUACAGGGGUAUGGGAUGUCAAAUAGCGUACUGCAGACACUCGUGUUUAAAUGGCGGGAGAUGUUCUGGUCCAGAUACCUGUACCUGUCCGAGAGGAUACACUGGUGCUUUGUGUCGACAAAGUAAAUGCCCAGGAGGCUGCCCAGGCUAUUCACAAUGUAUUGGCCAAAACUUGUGUUCAUCAUUUGGACGUCACGUGGUGUCAUCAUCAUCAACGACGAGGAGGAGACAGUGGUGUCCCUUGCAGUCGUUUAUAGAGACGUACACUUUCACAUACAUCAAGCCAGCUAUACAGAAGUACAGAGUGCGAUGCGGACAAUAUGGUUUAAAAACAUGCGAAUCAACAAGGAUCAUUUAUCAAGUUGGUUACCGCCAAAAUCGAAGGACCGGUUAUAAAUGCGCCCCUUACGGUUGAUCAAGAUCGGAAGUUUUUUAAAAGUCCGUCUUCUGCGCUCAUGCCGAUCACAGUUCUUACUCAACGUGGAAACAAUGAUGUGCCUCUUAAUAAUGGAAUUGAUGAUUUCUAUUUUACAAACUGACUUUAUCUGAAAAUGGUGCUCGUUUUUAUAUUUAUAUUGCAUUUUUGUGAAUAUGUGAAUAUUAGGCCGUUGUGUGUACUGUGGAGAAAAGGGGGUAUUCUAUGCAAAACAUAACUCGUUCGUGAUAAAAGACUUGGGAAUUAGUAACCAAAAAUGCUAUUAUUAAAUUACUAUCAUGUUUGUUCAGACACCUGUAUUGAUAAAACUGAAAUAAUACAUAUCUUCCAUAUCAUGUUGCCAUUAUGCUGCCUUCGACGAUCGAUAUUAGCAAAAUAUGGCACUAAACAUUGCUUCUUCUGCAAGUUUAUAUCCUUAAGCUAGUGAAAAUCAAUUUUCCAGAGCCGUUUCGGGUGAGAAAUGAUUCGUCAAGUACCAGGUAUAAUGCCGAAGUCCUGGGCAGUCUUCCAUAUUUUGAGUUAUCUGCGAUUGGUCGCAAAUCCAUGCAAUCUUGAACAAUCUCCAGCCUUAGAUUCUUAAGAAUAGAACUUAUUUAAGUUAUUUUGGUUGAUGCAUUUCGACUAUGAACUAUGCAAAUUUUAACAUCACCAUCUCUACUUAUGGGAUCUUGAUUAUGUACCAUCCGUGUUCGUGUGUAUUUAAAAAUCAUUUUUAUUAACUUUGUGCUGCUGCAUUUAAAGAGGCCUUACAUGAUUUUCAAAAUGCAAUGCUAAGAAUGAAUGUGUAUCAGUUUGUAAAUCGAUAUCCAUACAUUAUUAAUGACAUUUGUGAUCGUGAUCGGCAUAUGUUUAAAUCUCGUUUAUUUUCUCGUUUGCUCUGAAAUAGCCAGUGUGGAAUAAGAGUUACAGCGCUUCAAAAUUGAUCCGAGGUCGCUCAUUCAUUAAUAUCAAAAUCAGUUAUCUUCCCAAUCCUCAUAACGUUUGAUUUUGUACUCUCUGAACAUUUUUUUUCCAUUUACAGAUACUUACACGUAUGUAAACAAUCAGUUUUCUUUCAGUGACAAUGUUGUGCCUUAUUAUCUGAUAACCUAUGCAAGUUACGUUUUGCAUUGCUAGUCAUGAUCCUUGCUCUGAACCACAAGACAAGCUUUGCUGUGACCGAAAAAAAAA